AUGGUUUUUACCGUCCAUUUCACGGUCAGCACGUCUGAUCCGUUAGAAGAGAAUGAGUACAUGUUUGUGACUGGGAAUGCUGAACAAUUGGGAGAAUGGGACCAUACGAAGGCAUUGAAGUUGCAUCAGAAUGCUGAUAGGUAAGGCUUUAUGGUACAUCUUGUUUCUCUUAUAGGCUUUUAAAGAAAAGUCUUUGAAAGAAUUUUGAUACCUAAAACACAAUUUUAGAAGACUUUUUUGCUAGUUUUUAGUCUGAGCGAAGCUACAAAGGUUAGAUUAUAGUAAAUAACUUUUUUUGUUGUUAUUGUUUACUCUUUAUAAUAAAACCUUUAUCAGUUAUUGAGCUCUGUCAAUCUUUUGUUAAUGCCCAGCUUAUCAGCUCUUUUAAUCAUUUUUAAAAUCAAUAUGUCAAAGCUAUUUUAAUAAUCUCACUAUCAGUCAAAGUUAUAUCGGUUUAAACUCUUUAAACUAAUAUUGUUUAUCACAAGCUGAUAUCAAAUUAAAUAUUUUCGUUUCUCAAUCUGAUAUUAAACUACAAAAACGUUUUUUUACCAAAAAACUUAUCAGUUACACCGUUUUAAAGUUAAAAGUGCAUUUUUUCAGACAUUGGUCAGGCACAGUAUCCGUUAGCAUCGAAACGGUCAAAUUCCGUUACUUUACUGGCUACUAUUUGGCUGCAGACGACGCUUCAGAGCCAGUAUUGAUAAUUUCAAAAUGGGAGACACACUUGACACCACGAUUCGUGAUGCCAGCUGUAGAAGCAACGAAAUCACGGGUGUGCCGUGCGAAUGUUAACGAUGUGUUCGGUUUCAAUGGUGGUCGUGAAGUGAUCAGUAAUGGGUGGCUAGAACAACAUAACCAGAUCAUACUGCGUGUUUAUGGAAAAGCUGUCAAGUUUUAUAAACCAAAGCACGAGAAGCCUAAUUACCGGAUCAGAAUCAGUCCUACGGAUCUUCGUCACCGUGAGGUGGGUUUGAAGGGGCAUAAUUUGAAGCAGGAGGGGUUUACAUAGCUAAUAUGAAGGUUUUUAUAUUUAAAACUUAACCAUAAUUUAAACUCCUAUAAAUAGUAUCAUUAUCAAUAAUUUAAAAAAAUGUUACCUAUUUUACCAAAAAAAUCUCAAUCCCAACCAUUUCAGGACGGCGACGACGAAGAAGAAGAGGACGAUGAAGAGCACACCCAAAAGCCUUCAUUGCCAAGUUUUUCACGUGCCGAAAUUGCCGUAAGAUCUAGUGAAUUUGGUUUAUAUUCUUCUUGUCUUCCUCCCCUAAAUCAUGUUGCAGUGAGAUGAAACGACGAUGGAUGAACAAGGUUAGCGAUUCAGCCCCCGACGUCCACAAGAAUAAUGUCACAUCGAAUUGCGUCGUUGAUUCAUAGGCCUUUUUCGAUCGUCUUUGAGAGAUCCGUUUGCUUUUAUGUUUUGGACUUGUAAUUGAUAAGGAGAUCAAGGAUAACGUAUAAUUUGUGAUGGAAAAUGCAAAGAUAAUAUUGAUGUCGAAAAAUGUAUCAAAAUCAACUUAUUCUUUAGCUAAAUUAACUUAAACCUAAUCAAAAUUUGGUUUAAAACGGAUUUCUCAAAGACGUACCUUCCUUGCUUAUGCUGAUUUUUAAGUUUUGCGCCUUUAAUUUCAAGUUUCAGUUAAAGAAUUAACGCUUAUGAUGAAUGUCGCAACGGAAUGUCAUUACUCUUGUCGAUGUUUACGCUUAAUAAAGCUUUACUGUCUUUAAAUUAAGGUUUUAUCAUCUUCACCUUUUGACGACUAAAAUGAACGUUUCGAUGAGUUUCUGAUCGUAAAAUCAAGUCUGUGACAUUGUUUUACCUAAAAAAUUCAAAAGUCUAUUGGUCAGUUAAAAAACACCUUAAAUUAUAAUUUUAUGCUAACCGAAAGAUGUUAAAACCUUGUUUAUUGUCUUCAAUUCAUCACAAUUUUGCAGAAAGUUUAACGAAGAUUUCAAUUUUAGGCCUUGAGCAAAGGAAACCCUCGCUUUCGCGCCCAAAGCCCCAACGGCGAAGUGUUCGAAAAUGAAGUUGAUUACUAUCUCUACCGUACACAAAGUGUAGCCGUCGAUUUCCUCGGCUUCCGUGUAGAAAUCCUCAACGAAGAUGGUACCGACGUGAUGGCUACUGGCUACGCAUUACCCUCAACUUUAGCCAAUUCCUGCGGAAAUGCGUCGGUGCCAUUACUCACAAAGAAGGGAUUACCUAUUGGAAAGCUCUACUUUGGAUACCUAUUCGUACGACCGGUCGCUUUGCCCAUUCCUGAACAGAAAAUGAAAGCCAGCUACACGAAACACUGGAAGAAGCGAAGCGCUUUAGAAGUCGGACAUCGAGGCAUGGGCAAUUCUUACACCAAGUUCGCAGCGGCACGUGAAAACACUCUACAUUCACUAAAUUCAGCGGCCAAGAAUGGAGCCGAUUAUGUGGAGUUUGAUGUUCAUUUGACCAAGGACAAGAUCCCCAUCAUCUUCCACGACUUCCAUGUUUUGGUGUCCGUAGCCAAGCGAAUUCCCUCGAUUCAGGACUUGAGUUUGGCCAGCGAAAAACAAAAUGGCAGUGUAGAUGCUCACGAACUCGCCGUCAAGGAUCUGACGCUAAGUCAGUUGAGACUUUUACAUGUAAGUAAACAAUCUGUGUUUAUAGUGCAGUCUGGUGGAAGCUUCCUUCAAGGAUUAUGUCAAUAACAAACAUGGGAGUAGAGAUACAUAAUUGAAGGAAAGCUAAAUAAUUUUAGAGUAUUAGGGAGGAUUUGCUAGGAAAACAGGAUAAUUUAGCAAAAAAAAAUUUUUUUUUUUUAAUUUUAUUGAACUUGGUAUAAAAUUGAGCUGUGAAUACUUUUAUUUUUUUUUCGAAAAUUGAUCUCAAUGGUUUUCAACAAAAAAAUGAAGCUUUUUCAAAAUGAAAUUGUCAUUCGUCGAAAAAAAGGAAUUCCCCGACAUUACGAACGCAUGGCGUUGAAAGUUGUCUCGAUUUCAAGCUCAAAAACUGUCGAACCAAGCACAAAGAUUGAAAGAACUGACAACUGUCAUUUUUCAUUCAGGAAAAGCUGUCAUUUAAUCACCUGAUUGUCAAAGUUUGAAAAAAAGGCAUGCUGGAAGGCAAAAUCAUGCUUAAGAUGAUAUUGUCUAUGACGAUAUCUGGACCCGGAAAUCAAAACCUCGAAUUAUAACUUUUCAUGAUAAUAUCAAAUCCAAAAAUCUGAAAAAUGAUAUUUUGUAUAAUAAAAAACAAUUAUAAGACUUUACUUUAAUGAUAAUAUCCCUUAUCUUUUAGCUAGACCACGUGCAUCACAAGAACAGCCUCGACGAAACCGUAGCCAAUCAUACCGUGACAGGGAAGCACGAUGAAGAAGAAGAGCAUCGACCCUUCCCAACACUGGUCGACUCGUUUAAUGGAGUUUCGGAGGAAGUAGGCUUCAAUAUCGAAGUCAAAUACCCAAUGGGAUACCUACAAGGUGGUCAUGAGUGUGAAAACUACUUUGAACCGAACCUAUGUUUGGACAUUAUUUUAGCUGAUGUGAUGAACACAGCUGGAAAUAGAAGAAUCAUGUUUUCGUCGUUUGAUCCAGAUGUUUGCUUGAUGUAAGUUUAAUUUUUACUUUAUGCCCAAAAACUUCAAAAUUCGGUUUUAAAAUAUAACCCUUGAUGUAUAUACUUUUCAUUCGUAGUUCAGACGAAAACCUUGAAUUUUUGUCUACGAAAAAAUCUCUCAUAAUUUUGCGCGUUCUCUAGUUUUUCUCUAAUGCAAUCAGACAAAAAGAGGGAACAUACAAAAUUAUGAGAGCUUUUUUCGUGGACAAGAAUUCAAGGUUUUCGUCUGAACUACGAAUGAAAAGUAUAUACAUCAAAGGUUAUAUCAAUUUUAUAGUAAAAUACUUCAAAAUGUAACCAACAAAAUCAUUAUCAUCCUUGAAAAAACCAAAUCCAAUUUCAGGCUAGCCCUAAAGCAGAACAAGUACCCAGUGCUCUUCCUAAACCAAGGUCAGACCCUCAAGCACCCGCCUUACCUAGACCCCCGAACCCAAACCUCCGCCAUGGCGGUGAAGUUCGUCGCCGGUGCUGGCCUAAUGGGCGUCAACUUCAACAGUGAAGACAUUCUCCGUGACCCAGAACCAGUAACCUUGGCCAAACAAUUCGGCUUAAUUACCUUCGUUUGGGGAGAUGAACUUGCUGAUAAGAAGGUGGUUGAUCAUUUCAAAAAGACUCUCGGAGUCGAUGGUGUUAUUUACGACCGAAUCGGCGAGGCCGAAUCCAGAAGCAAUGUAUUUUUGUUGGAGAGAGCCAUGAAGCAGGCGUUGUUCAGCAAACGACCAGUCUCGCCCAGCACCAGCCCCAAACAGCAACAAAAGUUCAGGUCGAAUGGCCAAAUGAAUCUGGAGAAGCUGAUUCCCGUCACCACCGCCGCUAUUGAGCAUCUUGAUUUGCCAAUAACGUCUACUACAAGGAUUUUGUGGCCUGGAAUGGAAGGAAACACAUCGGUCAACUCGUCAACGUCUUCUGGAAUAUCGACUGAUGGAUCGAGUAUCAACCAUCAUCUUGGCAAUGUUGUGAAUCAAUUGAAACGACAGCCAAACUCGUUCAGUCAUGGCUUUCCCAUCUCCAAAAUGACUUCACAGGAAACGUAA